AUGUCUACAUCCAACGCUAAAGAACACAACAGAACUAAAUUUUUGAAAGAAUUCCCCAAAUUAGUUGAUGAAUUAAAAUCCAUUUUGACAGACUAUGGUUUACCAAAAGAAGCUAUUACUUGGUAUGAAAAAUCUCUAAAUUAUAACACUCCAGGCGGGAAAUUAAACAGAGGUUUAUCUGUAGUUGACUCAUAUGCCAUUUUGAAGGGUUAUAAAUCUGUAGAUGAUUUACCAGAAGAGACUUAUUUUAAAGUUGCACUACUAGGUUGGUGUAUUGAAUUGUUACAAGCCUAUUUUUUGGUUGCUGAUGACAUGAUGGAUAAGUCUAUCACUAGAAGAGGUCAGCCAUGCUGGUAUAGAGUUCCAAAUGUUGGAGAAAUCGCCAUUAAUGACGCUUUUAUGUUGGAAGGUGCCAUUUAUAUUUUAUUAAAAAGACAUUUUAAGAAAGAAACAUAUUAUGUUGAUUUGUUGGAAUUAUUCCAUGAAGUUACAUUUCAAACUGAAUUGGGCCAGUUGUUGGAUUUGAUCACUGCUCCUGAAGAUCACGUCGACUUGAGUAAGUUUUCUUUAAAAAAACACUCGUUUAUUGUUAUUUUUAAAACAGCCUACUAUUCUUUUUAUUUACCAGUUGCAUUGGCCAUGUAUGUAGCUGGCAUUGCCGACGAAAAAGAUUUGAAACAAGCACACGAUGUUUUGAUCCCAUUAGGUGAAUAUUUCCAAAUCCAAGAUGAUUAUUUGGAUUGUUUUGGAAAAGCCGAAGAUAUCGGGAAGAUUGGUACCGAUAUCCAAGAUAACAAAUGUUCUUGGGUCAUCAACACUGCUUUAACUAAAUGUACUCCAGAAGAGAGGGCUAUUUUGGAUUCAAAUUAUGGUGUGAAAAAUGCCGAAAGUGAAAAGAAAUGUAAAACUAUCUUUAAUAAUUUGGGCCUUGAUAAAUUGUAUCAUGAAUAUGAAGAAUCAGUUGCUGCUGACUUGAGAAAAAAGAUUGCUGCCAUUGAUGAAUCUCGUGGAUUUAAGAGUGAAGUUUUAACUGUUUUCUUAAACAAAAUUUAUAAAAGAUCUAAAUAG